CUUUUGUGGCGUUAUCUGUCUAGGUUGCUGCUUUCUCUCUAGCCUUGUAGCAGAUAUGCUACAAAACAUUUGAUUAACCAGAACAUAGCGCUUACAAGUUUUAUAACACCUCAGAUGCCAAAUGUCAAUGCCAGUGAAUCUACUUCUCCACCUAAUGGUGGAAAUGUAGAGGAAAGAUAUGACAACGCACCACUAACUCACUCAGAUGGUGUCAGAGUGACACCAGUGGCUAAAUCAACCAACAAUCAGACUGAUUUAGCUUUUUUACCUGUAGGACGUCAUUUCAAGACUCAACAGGACGUGAAUCCAGAUGGUGAAAAACUGGAUCCUUCAAUACAAAUACAGACAGACAGUUGUGUAAAAGAAGUUACCAGCACAUGUUUCACUAAGAACAUAAGCCAAACAGAGAGGGAACGUGUCAUUAGAGAGUUGGCCAUCACUAGUACUUCAUUUAUUGGGCCUGUGUGUCGCCCGGAGCCAUCCAUCGAGCAAGAGCUUUGUGAAUUUUACAAAGAGCUUGAGGAAGUUGAUAAGGUUGAAGUCGAUGCCGACACCAAAACGGCUGAACGGCAUCCUUCCAACAAGCCUGAAAACGAUCAACCAAGCAGUACAAGCAUUCCUGUUGUCGUAACUGAUCACGGCAGAGCCUACAGACCUUACCCAGAUCCACAUGAACGCAACCAGAAAGAUCCAAAAAGAUGUCGACCCCGCUUGCAAUGUAAUAUGGACGACUUUGGUAGAGGAGGAUAUCCAGAGCCGUGGUAUCCUCCUCCGCCAUGGGUUCCUCCAGACCCAAAGGUGCACUUCUUCCCUCCCCCAACCUCUGGAGGGGCUAUCAUGUAUCCUCCAGACAGGGGACCUCAGGAGAACGUCUUCCACAGUUUUCACGGCAACAACAACUGCCGGGGCCCAUGGGAAGGACAACCAUUACGUUCGAACAGAUGGCGUGAACAAAACAGAGCUUUCCAAUCACACGGGCAUCCUGGAUUCUCUGAGGAGUAUCAAACAUCUUCAGCACACCCGCAGCAGCAUUAUCAUGAAAAAGACCCAUAUCGGCAUAAUGAUAACGCUGCUUUGGUGCUCAUAUUGUUGAGGGGAGUCCCAGGAUCUGGAAAAUCCACUUUGGCCAGAAAACUCCUGUCCACUGGUCCCAGUGGAGUAAUACUGAGCACAGAUGACUACUUUUUCCAAGACAACAGAUAUGAAUAUAAUUCUGCUCUGCUUGAUGAUGCUCACGGCUGGAACCAGGAGAGAGCCGAACAGGCGAUGCUGGAGGGCCGCUCGCCCAUUAUCAUCGACAACACAAAUGUUAAAGCCUGGGAAAUGAAGCCUUAUGUUCAAAUGGCUUUAGACAGCGGAUACAGAGUGGACUUUUUUGAGCCAGAUACCCUCUGGAAAUACGAUCCUGCUCAGUUAGAAAAGAGGAACAAGCACGGAGUCCCUCGAGAAACAAUAGCAAAGAUGCUGGAUGGUUUCGAGUGGCCGAUGAAUGUUGACAUUGUGAUGAAUUCUGUGGUGCCACCCCAUAAAAAGAAAGGCCGAUGAAGAUGACCGAUGACAUUUAGCUGCUCUUGACAUAGAAAUAUUGUCAUGCUAUCAUUCUGAACGAUUGCGCUUUUUUUAUUUUUAUUUUUUUUUACUCAUACUGAUGCAGCUAAAUUUGUUUCUAAUGUUAAUUUUAGAACUUUUUAAUGACCAUAUUUGUUUAAAAUACUCAAAACAUUUUACCAUUUUACAAAACAAAGAUCAUUUCUUAAAAAAAAAAAAAAACACCUUUUUUUGUAUUUUGCAAAAACAUAAUCUGUAUAGUGACAUGCUGAAUUAGGAACAUUAUUUAAGCAUUCCUUUUUUAUCCAAAAGACCGACAGUUCAAAUCUAGAUACUAAUCUGAUCUCAGGGUUCAUGUUUUAUGAAUAUGCUGUACAUUGUUGAUGGCUCCUGUAUUAAACAAGACAUUGUUUUCAAAA